UGAGUUCUACUGUGCGUCUCUCGGUUGCUCCGCGUCCGGGAUGGAGACGGACCAGGCGGUAUCCGGAGGGGACCAAGCCGGGGCCGAGUUGCCAGUGGAGACCUUGGAAAACCAGGUCCCGGGGCUGGAGCGGCCGCAGGCCCCCGCGGAGGAGCGACGACCGGCGAGUCCCGAGAGCAGCCCGGCUGCGGCCGUGCACGAGGCGAGCGGCGCGGGCCAGGACCUCGCGGGCGGGAAGAAGCUGCCCUCGCCGCACCCCGCGCGCCUGCGGGUGCUGCCCCCAAGCCUGGGCUACGGUGCCUUCCGCCGCCAGACGUCUGCCAGCCCGGAGCCGCCGUCACCGGGCCCUGCUGGGGCCGAGCAGCCCCGGGACCGUGAGGCGGAGCUGGUGCCGUGGGCUGCGCCGGGGGAGCCGGCGCCCGGCACCUGGGCGCCCAUGGAAUUGCAGGUGGACGUGCGCGUGAAGCCCGUGGGCGCGGCCGGUGGCAGCCGCGCUCCCUCGCCCGCGCCCUCCACGCGCUUCAUCACGGUGCCCGUACCCGAGUCCCCAGGCUUCUCCCGCCACGCCUCCCCUGUGUACCCACUGCUGCCGCGGACCGCGUCCUUGGGCAGCACGUGGGGCCGGGGCUCGCAGCUAGCCGCAGCCCGGCCGGAGCACGGCCUGGACGCCGAGGGCCGGGCCAGCCCUGCCGAGGGGGGCGCGGAGUCCCCGGGCUCCCCUAAGUGCCGCUGCCGCUGCAAGGAGCGGGAGCUGGAGAAGGAGGACACCGUGCUGCUGCACCGCGCCGAGGUGGACGGCGACAAGUUGCACCGGGCGAUAAAGCUCAUAGGGCUGCCCAUGUACAUGAAGUCCCUGCGCUGGGCCCUGGUAGUCAUGGCUGUGCUCCUGGCGGUGUCCACGGUCGCCAUUAUCGUCCUGGCCUCUAGAACAGGGGCCAGGUGCCGGCCAUGUGCCCAGGGCUGGCUGUGGUCCGGGGAGCAGUGCUACUACCUCUCCGCCGAAGCUCAGGCCUGGGAAGCCAGCCAGGCUUACUGCUCAGCCCACAAUGCCACCCUGCCCCUGCUGAGUCACGUCCAGGACUUCCUGAGCAGAUGCCCAGCCAUCAAGUCCUCCUGGGUGGGGGCCCGGAGAGGUCCCCAUGGCUGGUACUGGAUCGAUGGUGCCCCCCUGCCACCCCAGCCAGCCCCGGAGGAAGAGGAGGGCCGGCCGGAUCUCAAGUGCGGGGCCCUGGAGGGAGGCAGGCUCGUGGCUUUGGACUGCAUCUCUCCAACACCCUGGGUCUGCGCCAAGGGGACCAAGUGA